AUGUCUAGCUCAGAGGAAGAGGAAGAUACUCCGAUGACUGCGCUCUCAGAAAAAAAACUAAGGAGGGAAGGACAGAAACUUUUGAGGUAUUUUGAAGACACUCAGGCUCAAGAUCUGGGGAUUCAUCUUUACUCAGCAUUCCUUCUAUCAAAACAAACAAAUGGUUUAUUACCACGCAAAAGGUGGCACGCAUGGCCUUUAGCAAUAGACAAGGUUUCAGAUCCAAAGUUUUUCGAUCGUUAUGUCGACGAAAAUGAGCCUUAUCAUAUUCGAAGGUGGUCUGGGACGCGCCAUCAACCGAUACCACUUACUGUUUCAAAGUCUGAGCAUCCCUCAGAAACCAUUGCAUCGAAGCCUGGUUCUACAUUUUACAAAGAGAGGCAGGUCUCUGAAUUUCUUACUGAUCCUCUACAGAUCUUAAAAGAGGAAAUAAAUGCAGCUUUCCAAAGGAAGCUAAACCAAAAAAUUCACAUAUCAAAAACAAAACAUUAUCAACCGGUAAUAGGUUCGGAGACAAAUAUUCCUGAAAUACUUAUCAAUAAGAUUCUAGCUCGACUGCAUCACAUACUCAUACAGCUGGCUGUUGGGAGGGGCCAGACUCCAGUAUCAGCUUCAGAAUUUUUAAGUAUCAAACGGUCAGGACUACUGGAUUGGAUGGAUGUAUUGAUGGCAUGUCGAGAAGACUCUCCUCGCGUUCAUAAACUAUUUGAUCUAGACUCUUCCGAUGCCAAGAAAAUCGCCAGAAGAGAUUUGUUUGAAUUGUAUCGGCCACCAGUCAGAUCUAGACCAAGAAACGCAGUAGUAGAUGAAGAGAAUGAAUCUGAACAAGAGGAAAUCAAUAACAUGGGUGAUCCGUCCUGUGUAAGAAGAGUGAAAAUUAUGAACCUCAAACGGGAAUUGCUUGCACAAAAGCCAGAUUUUGGUUAUUGA